UUGUUUUUUGUUUUCUUCCUUUCUCUUUAAUUUGCUGCCUUUUGUUUAUUCUAUUCUGAUUGCUGUUUUAAUUUAUGAUGGAAUCGUAUGUCAAUCUGCUGCAGACCAGGGCGGAUGGCGGAACGCAGCCCGAGCUACAGCUGACUCUGGACACAGCACGCCAACUGUCCCUGGCACUCGACCAGCACCUACUCCGACCAAGCGAAACCUACACCAGCAAGGGGGGCCAAAUGGGCGGGGCAUUGGGCGAAAGGAUAAGGGCGAGGCUGGUUUUGGCGCGCGCCGUGUUGAGGGAUAAGGUUGUUGAGCGCGUGCUUGGGAUGAUUUGGAUUGGGGUUGGGAUUGAGAGCGGCACCGUGCGCAUUAAUGCUGUAGACCCGGCUGUGUUCGACUGCUGCCGCGUGUUGCGCGAAGAGGCUGCCGUGCAGUCUGCCGUUGCAGAGCAUUUCAUCAGCGAGUUCCAUCACAAACCAACAACCAAAGCAGCCGCCGGCCCACCGCUUGUGCCAGAGUACAUUGUGUCUUUGUCGGACAACAAUCGGGGCAAUACUGGGACGUUGUGCGACGCUAUAUUGGGCGCUUUGGCGUUUAUCAGUGAGCAGAUCCCGCAGAUUCCUCUGUGGUCCUCGCCCGAGUUCCUGAGUGAGAUUGGCCGGAUUGUCCUGGAGCGGUUUUUGCUGCAAUGCAUUCCUGAGAACCAGAACGAGCUGAGUGCAUUUGCUGAUGACGUGGCGCCCGUGCUGUGGAAUUUCGAGCGCAAGCUAUGGCAGCAAACAAUGGGUGGCAGCAACAACAGCAGCAGCAGCGCAUCAAAAGACAAAAUGCCCAUAUCGGAGGCCCUCGACCAACUGCCGCAGCUAUAUACCGACCACCGUCGUUCAGUGGCUUUGGGGAAAACGCGCGAGUUAGCCGAGGACUCGCGCUUUGCCACAUACUGGAUGCCAGAACACGAGAUACAUAAUAUUAGUGCGCAAGAGGAGAGCAGCGGCCGUGGUAUUUGUGUGUUUCCACGGUGUGCGAUUUCGCAGUCUAUGCGGGCACUCGUUGAGCUUGCGCAGGAGUUGCUUUUGGAUGCAUCAUUGGCUGAGGUAUCGGCUAUUUUGGUGUGCGAUGUGAUGGUGUUGUACCGUGUGGUGUUUGCCAGUGUGCAUGCGGCGGCGUUACUGCGUGUGCCAGCGUUGGGAUGGCAGUUUUAUUUGGACUGUCUUUAUGGCGCUCACCACACUGCAAUCAUGGCCCAGAAAAAUCAAAAUCAAAAUCGAAAUCAAAAUCAAAAUCAAAAUGACUGCUGGUCCUCUUGUAUCUCAGCGUACGUGCACACAGCACAAGCGCACAAACUAAAGCUGAUUGACCAGUUCCGUCUAGGAAUCAGACCCGUGGAUCUGACAUCGAUCCUACAACCGUCAUCACCUUCGAAAGACCAGCAGCCCACCGGUCCCCAUCAUCAACACGUCAAGCAAGCACAAUCCACGCUCCUGCAACUUAGCGACUGCUUCGACGCCGUGUGUCGGUCCUCGGUGGACUCCAUCAUGGUGCUUGAGGAUAUUGGCGUCGAGGAGUCGCAGUUGCUCAGCCAGUAUUGUCGUGACGUAUUGGACAUUUCAAACCAACUGGCAUUGGAUGAAAAGGCCACAGCUCCGUACAGAGAGCUAAUGUCAAGGGUGAGCGCUGGUGCGAGCAUUGAUGGCUGCUGUGGAAUGGAGGAAGUGAAUGAGGGCAAGGGUGUAGUGAGGCUCCGGCAGUUGGCUGAUAUUUUGGAAAUAUCGCGUGCGGACAUCGUUGCCAGGCACAGAGCGGGCAUCCUGGAUGUUUUCUCAGCAGACGAGCUUGUGCAUUUGGUGCGGGCGCUGUUUUCAGACACGCCCGAGCGCAGCCGCGACAUUGAACUGUUGAAAAAGUAGAUUUUUGAAAUUCCAUUUAUAACACUGAAAAUAUAAUAAAAGG